AUGAUCUCAGAGUGGGAAGUACCCAAGGAGGCUUUCAAGAAACUGACGUCAAAGGCUCAAGUCUCUGAUUCACAGGCAGUUUCCAUCCUUGAAUCCGACAACGCAAGCCAAUACUUCAUAUGUCAGAUCCUCGUUAUCAACGCAAAUCUUCGCAAUGCAUGUAUCGCGGGGGACUUGUCCACAGCUGACCUGCUACUCACGCAAAAUAUCAACGCUGAUGGCAACAACUACACCUCGUAUGCCAAUCGCUCAUUCGUUAUGGAACGCAGACACGACUGGGAUAAUGCGCUUCAUGGGUUUUACAUCAACACAGUGGCGGCGAUGUACUUCCGUUAUGCCAUGCUGUCGCAUAGGUGGGAAGUGAAGGAGCCGCUGUUACUCGAUGUCCGGGGCAAGGUCGUGUAUGUGUUGGAUCCGGUUGGCAGUAUCACGAAGUUGCAUUCCUUCUGCAAAACUGCCCGCGAUGCGGGGUAUCGCUGGACAUGGAGCGAUACAUGCUGCAUCAAUAGGAGCAACAAUAUCGAGUCAAUCAACUCUAUGUUUGUCUGGUAUCAUCAUUCCGCGCUCACGGUCGUCUACCUGUCGGAUGUUCUGCCAUCGUCAAAAUCUGGUGCACUGGCGAAGAGCGUUUGA